AUGCCGUUCUUCAGUCUGUUUAAAACACUCAUCAAUUUCGAGGUCACGGUCGAACUUAAGGACGGCAUGGUAUUCCGGGGCACUCUCGCUUCCAUCGAUAGCUACUUCAACAUGACCCUCAAAGACAUCACAAUCGUCAACGCGGCCGGAAAUGAAGCAGUUUUGUUCGCAUUAAACAGCAUAUUCCUUCGCGGUAACAGCCUGAGAUAUAUCCACUUGCCUGCAGAUGCGGUGGACACAGCUGCCUUACAGGAUGCGACCAGAGUGGAACAGUGCAAUGAUGUCAACGCCUGA